GCGUUUGGCUGCUCACUAAAUCUGCUCACUCAUCCCGAGCUCAGGGAGCCAAAGAGAAUUGGGACCAGAGCCGGGAAUAUGGAGGACGCCCUGACCAUCUUCUUUUUCAGCCUUUUCCUGCUGGAGGUGCUGGUAGGGAUCCUGGGUGAUGGAUUACUCGCGGGGCUGUUUGGCAGGGAAUGGGUCCGACGCAGGAAGCUGCCUCCGUGUGACAUGAUCGUGGCCAGUCUGGGAGCCUCCAGGUUUUUCUUGCUGUGGGUGUCGAUGCUGAAUGGAAUUUGCCUCGAGGUCAUCCCCAAAUUUUAUUAUUCCCCCAUUAUCUUCUAUAGCAGUUUUGUCUGGGCCCUUUUGAACUUGUUCUCCUUCUGGUUUGCGGCGGGACUCAGCAUCUUUUAUUGCUUGAAGAUCGCCACCUUCACCAACCCACUCUUCCUCUGGAUGAAGCAAAAGACCUCUGGGAUGGUGCCCUGGCUCCUCUUAGGUUCCGUAUUUGUUUCCUGUGUCUCGACUUUCCCCUGCAUUAUCUAUUACAGCAUUAAGCCCCCCUGGAUGAACAACUCAGAGAACGGCACUGAGGCUGUGUUGAAGACCUUCCAGUCACUCAAAAUCAUGCCUGUGAUCUUCAUCCCACUGAGUGUCCCGUUCCUCCUGCUCCUCAUCUCCUCCAUCCUGCUGACCACCUCCCUCCGGAGACACCUGAGAGCCAUGCAGCAUCACGGCCCCAGCCUGCAAGACUGCAGCACCAAGGCUCAUGCCCAUGCACUUGCAAUGCUGGCCUCCUUCCUCUCCUUCUAUGUUUGGUACUUCAUCAUUCUGAUUGUCACCUCGACCACGGCCAUUCCAUCUGGGAGUCCCUGGUUCUGGCUAUUCCAGGUGAUAACUUUCUUGGGGACAACGUGCCACUCCCUCUUGCUGACGUGGAGCAACCCCAAAAUCCGGGGGGCUUUGGAGAGGGGGCUGCGUCACAUCCCAGCCUGCCAGACACCGUAUGGGACAGCAUAA